ACCAUGAUCCUGACGCGAGGGAUAUUGUCAUUUGGAGUGCUGCCUCCCAAAAGUCAUUAGGUGGACCCUAUCUCAGAUCGGAUUCGGGGAGUCGACCAACUCGUAUCAUACAUAUAUACUUUCAAAGGAUAUAAUAUAUAUUAUAUUAUGCGUGGAUGUGGAAUUCAUAUCUAAUCUAGCGCAAAGUGUUCCGUUGAAAUCGAGAAGGUAAAACCUUCAUAACGAGGAAUGGAUAUGUUUUCUGACAAACGAAAUUUACCUCUCUGGAUGGAAGCGUAACCAGGAGUUAUCAACAGUACCAUCAACCUUGCAUACAUUUGAGCUAUGACGUCUCCUCUUCCUUAUCUUGAUCGUCUUACCAUCACCAUGGAUGAAAAACCAUCCAUGGAUGACUUACCGUCUUCUAUUGCCAACGAGGUGUUCAACAGUUCGACCUGUAUUUAUCCGAAACUCAUAGAAAUGGAUGCGAUAUUAUGGAUAUCCUACAUCACGAAAGUUUACGUGAUGCCCGUACUAGCAGUGUUCGGAUUCGUAGGAAACUGUCUUUCGUUUGUCGUUUUAAGUAAAGAAAUGAGACCAACUUCCACCACAGUUUUUCUGAAGGCCUUAGCAGUUGCGGAUAACGCCGUCCUUAUCAUUUACUUGUUAUACUUCUCAUUCAGCAGUGUGUAUGUCUUUACUGGAAGACUCCUCCCGUAUUUCAAACUUUUCGAAAAGACGAAAAGUUUUUCGUGGGCUUUGCUGUGGUUUACCAAAGUUAUUUCAGUGUACGUGGUGGUGUGUGUAACUGUUGAACGAUUCAUCGCAGUCUGUCGUCCUCAUAGAGCCAGGACGUGGUGCAAAGUCAGAAACGCAAAGAUUGUUGUUGGAUGUAUCUGCUUAAGUUCGUUUGUUUACAACAUGCCGAAAUGUUUGUUAUUUAAAACGCUGAUGAUGUAUGAUCCAUGCUUGAAAGAGUCGGUGCCAGUCGCAGUUUCCACCGCAUUAGGAAAUAACCAAUAUUUCAAUACUUUGUACAAAGUUAUUCUUUACAUUCUUCUGGUGUUCAUCAUUCCACUGACAACUAUCCUUGUUCUAAAUUACCAAUUGAUCAAAGCGAUUAAAAGAGGAAAUCGUAGCAACAAUCGUCACAAAAAGCGACAGGCAAGUUACGAUGCCAUUACAAAGAGAGUCGUGGCAGUUUGCUGUGUCUUCACCAUCCUGGAACUCCCUGCUGUAGUAAUGAAUGUUUUGGAACUCUGUGCCUUCGUCGAGGGACUAGUAAAUGGACAAAGGUUACUUCAGAUGGUAUCAAAAACAGCGACUGGUCUACUUCACUUAUCUUAUAUGUUUUCAACCUUAAACUCAUGCGUCAACUUCUACAUCUAUUUUUUAACCGGAAAUGGCUUUCGUCGAACUUUGAAAUGGAUGGUGUUUGGUCAGUCGAACCGAGUAGAUAUAGGCGCUGAUAUGAGCUCAACAGUUAGACUAUCCGAGACUACGUUAUGAAUCCAAUGAGAAUAUGCACCAGCAAAACCAAUAACCAACAGUUUAGUGAAAUGGUAGUUUGUCGCUAAAGGAGGCUUCCAUUCCAACAGAGCCGCUGCAUUUUAAUGAUACAUGAUCUUCAAAAAAAAUCGCUCUUCAAUAAAGCUGGAUACUAUAAUGUAAACUGUAGCAGUAGCCCGAGCAAAAAAAAGCAAGAGGUACAUA